AUGUCUAAAAUAUUGAGAUCAGAUUAUGAAGAGGUUCUUAAAAGGAAUCCUAAUGACAUUAGAUCUAUGAUAGCACUAGGUUGUCAUUCCUUUAAUUUAGGUUAUUAAUUGUUGCAACAAUAAAAAAGGAAUCAGGCACUCUAUUGGUUUGAUGCAGCAAUCAGUUUGGAUCCUAAUAUGGUUGAUUCUCUAUGUGGAAAAGGUAACUGCAUGAUCAAUACACAAGGUGAUGCUUUGUAGUUAUUCGAUAAACAUUAGAAGGCAAUUUAAUGGUAUGAUCGAGCAUUGAGUAUUGCACCAAAUCAUGUUCCAAGUUUGGUAGGAAAAGGUACCUAGUUCUUCAAAUUAAUAGCCAAAGCACUUUAUCAAUUAGAAAUAGAUUUUAAUAAAUUAGCUAAACCAAAACUCUUAAAUAAGUAAAAGACAGAGUAUAGUCUCAAUGAACGAGAUUCAUUAGAAAAGCAAAAACUUGAAUAACGUUUCAAAGAAAAAGGUAUUAAACAAUGUAUCUUAUAAGAAGAUCAAAGCAAAGAAAGAUUAGAAAUCAGACUUAAAGAAAAAGAAAAGCUUAAUUUAAACAAGGAAUAAGAAACAAAAUUAAAUGAUAAAGGUACUCAUAAUCAAUAUUCUUAAGCCAAAGCCUUGCAUUAAUACAAAAUUGAAGCAUUGCUUUAAGGAAAACCUAAACCUAAACAUUAAAUUGAGUUGGAGUAGGAAAUUGAAUUAGAACUGGAGUCUUAAAAGUACUUUGAUUAAGCAUUAUCAAGCAAGCCUAAUCAAAUAUAAGCACUUACAGGGAAAGGCCUUUGCAUUAAUACAUUUUAUAAAUAACUUGAUGCUGAAAAUAUUAUAAAUAAAGUCUUAUCUUUGCCAUCUAUUUAAGGUCAUAAUGAUAAAUAAUCUGAUAUCUACGCAGCAAAAGGCACUAUUUUGAUUAAUUCUAGGUGA